GUGGCAAGGCGAUGAUCUUAUUUAAACUCAAAUAAUAAUAUUGUGCAAUUUUAGUUUAUUUAAUUUGAUUUUUGUUGAUCUUUAAACACACUAAACAUAUUUUGUUUUUACACCUCAUGUCCACCAAUAAUUUUGUGUGUCACAAUUUGUGAAAACAUCGGGAUCGGUGUUUCUGGGUAAUGUUCAAUUUUCAUCUCACCGAAGAAGAGCGAGGUUCAAUGUGUGUUUGAGUACGGUUUAAUUAUGACCCACAAAAAACCUCUAUAGAUUUGUACCUUCACGAGAUUGUUUGAAUUUGCAACUGCAAUAAGUAACAGAUCACAAUGUCGGAGAAAGGAAAACUUACCGAUUUACUCUCAGAAGAGCCUCUUAAUGAAACUAAAAUCAGGCUAUAUAGUCGAUUGAAUAAGAUUGAUAGCUUGGAGUUGAUAAAGCUUGCAAUUGCCUAUCAAGAUAACAAGAAAAAGACCCCUACAAUAACUCCCCUUCACAUUGCCUGUUACAUCAAUACAAAACCAGAAAUAGUAAAAACACUUGUGAUAGAAGGUUGGAAUGUUUAUUAUCAAGACAAAGAGUUUUAUAGUCCUCUAGAAGUUGCAUUAGAAUGUGGUAACAUCUCAGUUGCUAAGCUUCUCAUUACUGAUCUAGGAGUUGAAGUCAACAAAUUUGACUGUAAUGGUUUAACCCCAAUGUAUUUUGCUCUUAGUAGGGAGAAAAAACAAAAAACUUGUGUGUCUGCAGUCAAACUAUUGUUAAACUCUGGUGUACCGGUUGAUGCAAUUGUAGACCGUUUAAGUGAGAGUAGACCAAUUCAUUUGGCCAUUACUAAUUACUUGCCCUCUGUUGUUAGUUUUCUUCUACAGAAAGGUGCUGAUCCAAAUAUUCAAGAUAUAGAUGGCUUUGCACCAAUUCAUUGUGCUGUAAUUAAAAACCACUUGGAUAUAGUCAAGUUACUUCUGCUUCAUGGUGUGGAUCUGGAAUCACUGACUAAGGAAAAUAGAACACCUCUGUGCCUAGCAGUGAAAAAUGAGAAUGCCGAAAUAAUUCAAGAGCUUGUUAAAGGUGGUUGUAAUAUCAAUAGGGCUUCAUGGGAUGAUUAUAUUGCACCAUUUCAUUUGGCAGUCUUUUUGAAUAAGUUGGAAUUAGUAAAAUUAAUGGUGUCUUUGGGAGCGAAUGUAAAUCUAGCUUUAAAAUAUGGAACUACUCCUCUACACAGUCUAGCUACCCGUGAUUUAGACAAGGUUCAUUCUCAAGAAAAAGAAGAUUCACAUGGUCGCAUAGAUAUGGCUAAAUAUUUAGUUGAAAGUGGAGCAAAUCUUAAUGUAAAAGAUAUGAACGGAAAUUCACCAUUACAAGUGUCUAUAAUAUCAGGUUUUUUGGGGUUGGCAAAAUGUUUUAUAAAACUUGGAGCUAAUGUCAAUACAACAAGCCAGAAUGAAGAUAGCAUAUUCCAUCAAGUUAUCCCAUUUAAUAGAGACAUAAUCAUUCUUCUCUUGGAAUUUGGAGGAGACUUUCGAGCUUACAACAUAAAUAGAAUGACACCUUAUCAUGUUGCCAUAUCAUUUAAGGUAGAUUUAAAGUACAUUACAAGUUUUCUCAAGCAUGGUUGUCCAUAUGACCAAGACUUGCCGAAGAUGACUGACAUUGUAAAAAGAUACAAGGUAGCUGAAAAGUUGUUUGCCUCUGAAAAAGAAUUUUUCAAAGGUAUUGAAGAAAAUGACCUGGAACGUAUUAAAACUGCUGUAAGCAAGGGGGCAGUGGUAACAAGUUGCUGUGAACGUAUGAAGCAUCCUUUGCAUUUUGUUGCCCUUCACGGACGUAAUGAAGUGCUGACAUAUUUAUUGGAAAAAAACGUUCAACCAAAUACCUUAGAUAAAGAAGGAAGAACUCCUCUCUAUUUGGCUGCAUCAAGCGGUCAUUAUCAGACUUGUCACAUUUUGUUGAGGUUUGGAGCUUGUUACAAUCACCAAAGUGAAAAGUGCCAGAAAACACCUAAAAUGAUUGCGAAUGAACAGAAACAUUUUGAAAUUGUAAGAUUAUUUGAAGAUGUAGAUUGCAUGUUUCGUAAAGCAGGAUCAAAGAAACCUUUGACAAGUUAUUUGAAAAGUAAAAUCAGUAACAGUUUUGACUACGCAAUGUAUCUUAAUGUGAUCAACUUUAAAGGCAAUAAUUUGCUCACUACUGCAUUACAAAACAAGAGAAAUGAUAACGUUAAAGAGUUAUUGAAAAUGAGAUUGAAUUUCGCUUCAGGUUGUUAGAUAUGUGACAGUAUCAAAAAUCAGUCAACUAUAUGGGAUGUUGCCCAUUAAAUUGAAGAUUAUCAUGUUUACUAAACCUAAAACUAUUAGUUGUUCAAUCAUGAAAAAACUGUCUGAAAGUUCUGCUAGUUAACAUUUGGUAUGGUUCUAAUGUUAACACUAAUCAAUGUUGUUAAUCAACGAAUAGGAAUGUCAUUCUUACUAUUAUAAAGAUUAACUAAGUUAUUGGUCAUUUUUAAACUGUCAAUUUUCAUGUAGAAUUUAGUUUUUUUCGCAAGUUUUAAUGAAUAAGAUGUAAUGAAUUUUUUAAGUACAUAAUGCAUUGAAAAGGGUUAUUGUUAAAAUAUCUGACUAAUUGAGCGACUGUUGUUGCAUUUUCUGCUAUUUUACAGAAUUGAAUACUAAGCAGACUUAAACUUUGGUUUGCUAGCUAUUAUGAGCUAAGUGAGCUUGAGCUAAAUGAGCUACAAUCUAUUAUGAGGUAAAUUAUAGACCGUAAAUUUAGUUUUGGUUGAAUUUUUCAAAUUAACAUAAUCAGUUUGUUUAGUAACCUAACCAGGUAUUAUAAGAGAUUGAGUUUAAGUGUCUACAGUAAAUGGUAAAUACGAUUGUACGGAAAAAAAUGGAACUCAUGAUGUAAAUACAUUAUAUGUCUAUAAAUAUAAUGUUGUUCAAAUAUUCUUA